AUGCUCGACUAUGAAGUUGGCGCUUCUGGACUAGCAGAUGGGGCUUGGAUCAAGGGUACUUUCAAAUUUUACUCGGACUGGGCGCUGUUUCAGACAUCAGACCGUACAAAAGACAACUAUGUCAGCGCGGAGUAUAUUCCGAACACCCUUUUCCCCGAUCAGACCCCAGCGACAGUACAGUCACUGGGGAUCCGAUUCGACCAAAAGGGCCACGAGCGACCCUUUCAAAAGGCUGUUAUUGUGGAUGUUCAAGACGGUUACAUGAAUCCUGGUGAUCGGAUUGUCAUUCGCCUGGGAGACCGUCGCUAUGGGGCAAGAGGAACGCGAGCUCAAACCUUUGUAGAAAAGGACUUCCGUUGGAGAUUUUAUAUUGAUCCUGUCGGGACUUCUCGUUUCGCGCCAAUUCAACCCGACAUCUCUUGGGACAUCUUGGCUGGUCCUAUCCAUCGCAUUCAAACUGUUUCUCCUAGAGUCCUGCAACCUUCUGUUCCAUUUCCAGUUCACUCGCACGCCGAGGAUAUCUGGGGAAAUGUGACCAGCGACCUUGGAGAUUUGUCCUUUGAGUUGAAAAUUUCAGACAAACACUUAAAGGUCGUGAGGGCACGUGAAGUUUCUCUCUCAAGCCACGGCUGGACCAACGCGAUAUUUUCCAACCUGAGCAUAGAAUCCGACGGGGAUUACACGGUUGAUGUGACCUUGAAAGCUCAGGAUACCAAUAUCAUUGCAUCUCAAAGAACCCUGAUUACAGUAUGCUCUGACCUCUCAGUCCCAAAGGCCCUCUUCGGUGACUUACACGUCCACUCCGACGACACUGUGGGAACCGAGUCAUCCAUAUAUAACUUCUCAUAUGGCCGGGAAAUUGCUGCGCUUGAUGUUCUUGGAUACACUGCCAAUGACUUCCAAAUCACAAAAGACCGCUGGGACGGGACAACGGAGUUGAUAAAAUCACUCAACAAGCCUGGCGAGUUCGUCAUCUUCCCUGGUAACGAGUGGUGCGGAAACUCCGCAGCAGGAGGAGAUCACAAUGUUGUCUUUCUCGCUGAUCCAGCAAUAAAUCCACCCGAGUUCCCGUUCGAUCGCCAUGGUAAUGUUGCCCGCUCAUUUGAAUGGUCUGAGCAUGGCCCCAAAGAUCUUGUCCCUGGAGCUUGGCCACUGGAUGAGGUUUACUGCAUCUACGCCAGGGAAGCAGAGAACCAUCUCCUUAUCCCUCAUGUUGGCGGUCGUCGCUGUAAUUUGGCAUGGAAUCAUCCUCGACUAGAGCGCCUUGUCGAAAUUGGCAGUGCAUGGGGCCAGUUUGAGUGGCUACUGCGUGAUGCCGUCCGUAGGGGUUGGAGACUCGGAGUCUGCGCCAAUUCCGAUGAGCAUCGCGGUCGAUGUGGCGGUGGUGUUCCCGGAACUGCAGUAUUCGGUACUCGAGGAGGUCUCACGGGGAUUCUGGCUUCGAGACUCGAGCGUCAAGAUGUGGCCGAUGCUUUACGAGCCCGUCGCACUUUCGCAACUACUGGUCAGCGAUUAGUAGGGCUGGUGAAAACUGCCGAUGGGUCUGCCAUGCAGGGCGACGAGAUCAAAAUCUCAAAUCAAGAAACGCUAGAGCUGGAUUACCAUUUCCUUGGUGAGAAGGGGUUCUCCUCUAUCGAGGCUUUUGAUGCAUCCGGUUUAAUCUGGCGAAGACACUUUUGGUCGGAGUCUGACGUGCCUGCUACAAUCUUGCGGGUAACUUGGGGUGGAGCGAGAUUGUAUGACCGGUACCGUGAAGCUGUCUGGAAUGGAACUAUUACUGUUUCGGGAAGUGUUGUGCAGGAUGUUGUGCCGUUCGGAGGUCUCGAGGACAACACAGAAGACUUUGCUCGGGAAAGAGGAGGAAAUUCAGUGGAAUUUUCGAGCAAGACAAGUGGUGACAUCGACGGGGUCAAUGUUGUUUUGCAAGGCGAGAGCUUCCCGCGAACGAUACGCGUGGCAGGCUCACUGGGGGGAUAUGUCAAGGUUGGAGACGCAUUAGCCGAGAACCCUCACAAAGCCCAACCUACAUUUGAGCUCGAGACAUCUUGGGAGGAGGUCAAACGUCCAGAUGGAAAGCUGGUAGAUAUUCUUGGUGGUGCGGAGCUAUUUAUCCGUGUUGAAGCAAUCCCAAGCGUGGAGCUACCACGAAGGAUACAGGGAAGAGCGUUGUUCAAUGGUCAAGAAAUAGAGUCACGCUCGAUAUAUUUUGUUGGUCGAGAGUGGAGUGGAGAGAAAGUUAUCACAAGUCCGAUUUUCAUAGACUAUAUUUGA